AAGGCGCUGAAAGGUUCAAAAUCUUCAAAAUAGACAGCGUAUAAAGUCAAGCCAUCCUAACCUAACCAUGUCCUAACCUAGCUGAAAACAAUAACAAGCCAACAUUUCGAACUUGAAUUGUCAAAAGCCAGUGAAUUGCUCCGUGCUGAUAUAGUUAGUAAUUCUAAGAUGGCCAGUAAGGAAGACUGCGCACUUCCGGCCGGCAUUCUCGACAUUGGAGAGCUGGCUCGAAAGAUCCAAACCCGGAUCGAGGUCGUCCAACGGGAGAACCAAGCCAAGGAGGUGGUCUUACGAGCUCUCAGAGAUACGGUUCAUGAACCGAUUACGGUUCGUGAUCGAGGCAAACCCGGCGGGGGCGGGCACAACAUCACAUGGACGGAUUUAGACUUGGGUACGCAAGAGGAGCAUAUGAUCUCGGUGGGCAAAGAGCGGAGAGCCACCCGAAUUAAGUUCGAGGGAUUGAGUCGUGGGUUGAAGCUCGUGCAGGAGUCCAAUGCCUUGGCCAAGAUUAUCAUUAAGCCCGACUCAACCGAUCAUCAGGAAGUGGUCAAAUUGAUGAUACGUCUCCAGAAUCUCAUUGAUGAAGUGAACAACUUGGAGGAUCGAAAAAUUCUAACUGAGCUUGAUGCUCAAAAGGCCGAAAUCCAACUCGGCCACGAAUUUUCACGUCUUUAUGAGGAGGCCUGCAGUCAAGCCGAUCCGAAUCGAGGAGGUGCAGAAUCAGAACAAGAGCUCGAUGAGGCCUUAAAAGAUGAGAUUAAAACUCUGGAAAAGCAACUCCAUGCCGAACAAAGACGGGGCCAGCAAAUGAAGGUGUUGGUGAUCAAGAUCCUAAUGUCGACUCGGAUCCACGAGUUUGAAGAAGAUUUCAGAGAAAAAAUCACCGACAUGCUAAACUUCUGUAACAAGGCAAAUUUUUAUUUUUCUUGAUGUAUGACACUUUGUAUUAUAAUUCCAUGCUUAAAAAGAGGAUUUGAGUGGGAUUGUAAAUCUUCUUAAGCAUUUUUGGGUUUGGGUAAUUCAUUUAGAGUCCAAACACGUCUCUGAUGUCCUGAAUUCGUUGUUGUCGCCGUUCGGCUUCGUUUUGACGGAAAGCGCCGGAAAUGAGGUCUCGUUUCUUUUCCUGAAUGGCCAUCAUUCUUUCCUCGAUACUAAAAAUACCGCAUAACCUUGUAACGAAGGCAAGAGACGUAAAUAAAUGCAAUACUGCAAAUAUGA